GUUCACAUAUCAUACAACCAAAUGUCCAACACUGAUCUAUCGGUCCAUACGAUCGAAAGCCUACCAGUCCGACGAUCCACGUAUAUACUACCAAAAGUCCACUGGCAAUCUAUGCGAUUGAAAGUUCACAGAUCCGACGAUCCUUAUAUCAUCCAACCGAAGGUUUACCAACUUGACUCUCCAUAUUAUAGAAAAUUCAUUAAUCUGGUGAUUCAUAAAUACAAUUUGGUCUCCCCCGCCAUCCUCUCGCCUCCGUUAAUACAUUAUAAUUUAUUUUUAUUAUAUACUAUCUGAUGAUACGAAAGAUCUCACCAGGAUCCUCGUGAAAAAUUUAUAAUAUUUUGUUACUCGAAAGUCAAGUAAAUUAAUAAUAAUAAUAUACUUUCACGAUUUGCAGAGAAAUUUCUUCGUUGAUAUUGGUUUCUUUCUGUCUAUAAAGAUUCCAUUUCAUUCUUGAAAACAAAGGCAAAGCCUGCAAGAACUUGGAACACUACAAUGGAAGAGCCAUUUCUUCUGAGAGAGGAGGAGUUAGUUCCCGUUAAAACGACAUGGCAAAGAGGUCAGCUUACUGACGAGCUAAAGAAAGUGGGCCGCUUAGCUGCUCCUAUGGCCACCGUGACCAUUGCUCAAUACCUAUUGCCUGUCAUAUCAGUUAUGAUCGCCGGCCACAAAGGCGAGCUUCAGCUCUCCGGCGUCGCUCUUGCCACCUCCUUCACAAAUGUCUCCGGUUUCAGUAUUAUGUAUGGAUUAGUGGGUGCAUUGGACACCCUUUGUGGUCAAGCUUAUGGAGCCAAAGAAUACGAGAAACUCGGAACGUACACAUACUCUGCCAUUGCCUCCAAUAUCCCAAUCUGUAUCCUCAUAUCAAUUAUUUGGAUUUACAUGGACAAGCUCUUGAUCUCUCUUGGACAAGACCCUGACAUCUCCAGAGUCGCUGGCUCCUACGCCUUUUGGCUCAUACCGGCUUUGUUCGGACAUGCUAUUGUCAUACCAGUAACUCGGUUUCUGCUGACGCAAGGGUUGGUUGUUCCUCUUCUCUACUGUGCCCUAACCACCCUUUUGUUCCACAUCCCGGUUUGCUGGAGUUUGGUUUCCGUGUUUGGUCUUGGAAGCAAUGGAGCUGCUUUGGCUAUGAGUGUGUCUUUCUGGUUUUACGCUGUGAUACUCGCAUGCUACGUGAGAUUCUCCACCUCUUGUGAGAAGACUCGCUCCUUUGUAUCCGAUGAUUUCGUGUCUUGUGUCAAACAGUUCUUCCAUUUCGGGGUCCCAUCAGCAGCAAUGGUGUGCCUAGAAUGGUGGCUAUUUGAGCUGCUCAUACUCUCCUCAGGACUACUCCCAAACCCUAAACUCGAGACCUCUGUGCUUUCAAUAUGCCUUACAACAGGAACUUUGCAUUAUGUAAUUUCAUCUGGAAUUGCGGCAGGUGUGAGCACACGCGUGUCAAACAAUUUGGGAGCUGGGAGUCCUGAAGUUGCUAGGGUAUCAGUAAUGGCAGGGCUUUGUUUCUGGCUGAUGGAGUCAGUUUUCUUUAGCACACUUCUUUUCACCUGCCGGAAUAUCGUAGGCUACGCAUUCAGCAACAGCAACGAAGUAGUGGACUAUGUUGCGGAGCUAUCUCCUCUGCUGUGUCUUUCCUUCAUUCUCGAUGGAUUUACUGCAGUUCUUAACGGUGUUGCUAGGGGAAGUGGGUGGCAACACAUUGGAGCUUGGAACAACGUGGUGGCCUAUUAUCUCGUAGGAGCUCCGGUUGGACUGUACUUAGCUUUCAGACGUGGGUUUAACGGGAAAGGAUUGUGGUGCGGUGUUGUGGUUGGAUCCGCUGUGCAAGCAACUAUUCUGGCUAUAGUCACAUCUUCCAUGAAUUGGAAGGAACAGGCUGAGAAGGCAAGGAAGAGAAUAGUCUCUACUGAAAAUGGAUUAGCAUAACGAAGAAUGUUUCUAAAUUAAUUACUACACUAGAUUUUGACAUGCGCUUUUAAAGCGCGUGAUUGUUUCUUAUUACAUAUGUAUUUUUAUAUCAUAUGUAUUUCUACUAAAAAAUUAUAUCAUGUGUUUUGUGAUUUUGUUUAAGAGUUGUUUUUAUAUGUUUUUAAAGAACAAUAUCUUUACAAAAUGUUAAUGUUGUGAAAAUAAUUAUUUUGUUGUUACAAACUUCACAAAGAAAUUAAAUUAAAAAUGAUUUGCAAUAUAUUUAAAUUAAGAGUGACUUGCAAUAUAAAUUAAAUUGAAAAUGACUUGCAAUAUAAUUUAAAUAUAUAAUGGUGUGCAGUAAUGUAAGAAUGGCGUUCAGUAAAAAUGAUUGUUGCCCAAGUUAAUAAUUAAAGAAUAAAAGAUAUUGUUUUCCAUCUAUUGUAUAUAGCAAAUCGUGGAGUUAGUUUGUGUUCAAUGAUAUUGAUCACUGAUAUUGAUCGAUGAGCAUAGGCAUGGCAUAGGCAUGGGCAUUCUACCUGAUUCAAAAAAAUGAAUCAGAUCCGAUUCGAAAAUAACCGACCUAAAACCGAAUCAAAAAUUUAUAGGUACUUAGUUGAGUACAAUAUUCCUAUACCUGAAAGAAUUAGAACCGAAAAAAAACCAACUCAAAUAGACUCCGGCCCAAAAAAACCCGACGUGAAUAAAUCCGACCAGAUAAAAACCGAUUAGUACUCGAUCUAGAAAUAUGAAUAUCAAAAACUCAAAGUUUAUUUGUUCUGCUUUAUAUAUUUUAGUUUAUAAUUUAGUUGAAAAGUCUAAUUAUUAGCGAUCUUUAUUAUUAUUUUGUAACACUUUCAAGUAAUAUAAAACUAUAAAUGUCAAAUUUAUAUUUAAAAAUGUUUAGUUUCAGUUAUUAAUAGUUUAUCUUGGUUAUUUUACAAAAUGUAAGAUAAAUAUGGUGUAUUUUAGCAAAAUUUUGAUGGAGUUUAAGUAUUUUGAGUCUUUUUCGAUUGCGAACCCUCUAUGGACCUAAAAAUUAUAUGUAUUUUAUAAGUAUUUUAAUUAUAAAUCCGAAUCGACCGACCCGAGAGGAACCAAUCCGAACACCAACCAAAAGUUUUCAAAUAUCUAGUUAGGUCGAAAUGUCUAAGACUCGAUGGACCCGAAUCCAAAAAGAACCGAUACGAACCCGACCCGAAGACCCAAACGCCCAAGCCUAGAUGAGCAAGUAGUUUGAAUAUCCAGCAAUUUUCGGGAAUUUUUUUUUUUUUAAUAAAAUUAUGACCAUAUUAUAAAAGGUAGUUCAAUAAUAUUAUUAUAACAAAAAUCGAUAUUCUUAUUAAGGCUUGCUAAAAGUUUUAUACGAUGAAAGUCAGUUAUAUUAUAAACAUCAUAAAAGUAUUACUUGAUAAUAUUUUCUAAGCUCUAUAUAUACUGGCAUACUUUUGGUAUACAAUACUUCAAAAAAUAUGAGACAUAGGCAACGAUUGUUUGUCGAAGAUAAUAUCAUCUGUCUGAUAAUAUAAACGAAUGUUAAGAUUUAUGUUAUAGGUCUGAAACUAUAAUACAUUGUUUCGAUGGAUCUUGUGAUUAGUCGAGAGAUAUAAUUCUAAACUGCAAUGUGAAUGGUCAUGAAAUGGAUGAUUUCUAUUGGUUGAAUUUAUAGCUGUCUAAAUUGAAAUUAAAAUAUUCCAAAAAUGGAAUGGCGUAAUAUAGGAAAUAAGUAAAAAAAUAAAGAGCAGAAUCCUGAGAAAUAAUAGUACUACAGUAUAUAGAUUUUGAGAGAUAGCAAGAUUUUGAUUUUCUUCAAUUUUGGUGUAAUAGUUUUAUUAUAAACAAGUUAAUAAAAAACCUCACGAGUGUUGGAUUAUUCAUGUUCUUUACAUAUCGUUCAAAGUUCCAUUCCUUAACAUUAUUGGUUCGAUAUGGGAAUAAUUCCGUGUGCAGCAAGGCGCUUUUCGACCCAAACAGAAUGAUCAGUUGUGAGAAGAGCAUCUUCUGUUAAGGAGUUGAUUGUUCAAAGAUGCCCUAUCCAAAGCCUUUUGUUAUUCAGUUUGAAACUCAAAUGAUUUGUUGGUAUAAAGACACAUGUUGCUACUACUUUGGUGAUUUUACUCGCCUCAGUUUCGAUCCCUAUUCUUUUUGCUAUUGCCAGAUAUACAUUAGCCGGUUUGAACCGAUAAGUUUAACUUAGAGAUUGAAUUGAUAUAAAGAUUCAUUUUUUAAAAAUA